AUGGACAGCGGGGAGACAACAGCUGACAUGCUAUCUAAAAAUGGCGUUUCCCAAAUUUUGCAAGGCCUCCUGGAAGAUUUCCCAGACACUCAGGAACUUAUUCCCUACAGCACCCAGGUUUUCCAAGAGAUUCCUGAUUCCCAAGAGCUCAUUCCAGGAGAGAACUCUAUGGCUCAGUAUUCUGCCUGCAUUGGGCCACAAAUUCCAGAUUUAAAAUUGGGUGAAGCCCCAGAGGAGAAUAGUCCUUCAGAGGCAAAAAUCUCCAAGCAGGAACAGCCAAAAAUUCCAUUUGGCAUGACGCCCAGGGAACGAGUCAUUGCCAUGAGAAAGCUUUUAAACAUGGAAGUUUGUGAAGAUUCUGACUGCAUGCCGCCCCGAAAACGGAAAUCAGCAAUGUCAGCAUUAGUUCGUGCCGCCGUCUAUUCAAUAGCAAUGCAUUGUAUCAAUGAAUUUUUAUAUGAUUCUUGUGAAGGAUGCCAGCUUCAAUCCCCUGGGCAGAGAUCCCACGCAUGUCUAUCGUGGUCUGAACAGACGCUAGACCGCAAGGUGAAAUUUGUUAUAGAUGAAUUGUCAAUACAUUCUAUAAUGCACGUCGUGACCUCAGUUGCCUAUUCAUUGAAGUGUCUACAUUUCACUCAAGACAAUAUGGACCAAAUAUUUGAUUUGUUAAAUAGAGUCGGGGACUCGCCAAAUUCUCGUAAAACACUUGAAACAAUUCUGAAAAACUCUGACAGUGCAAUGGUUAAAUAUGUUGAAGGCUAUAUCAAAGAUUUGCAUUUUCGUUCAUUUUUUCUGCGCCAGAAAAAAUAAAAUGGUGUUUCUGUUAUGUAAAUAAAAGAUAUUCCAGCUGCUUUUUAAUGUCUGUUUUGAAAUAAAACCUGUAAAUAGACUGCAAUUCCAUUUGUCGCGGUUUGUAAAAUAAAAAGGAACCUUUUUAAAGAA